AUGGAGUUAUAUGAGAAUGAUGAAGAUUUCAACAAUCUAACGCUCUUUCGCCCUCUUCUUCAAAUUAAGACCCACUCGCACAAGGCCGCUAAUUUCCUGGCAGUGGCAUCAUUGGCAAAAGCUGAGCCUUUAAAGAUAAUUAUAUUAGGAGCUCCUGCUUCUGGUAAGGGUACUCAAUGUGAGCUUAUCAUAGAGAAAGAUGGCUUGCUGCAUAUCUCUGCUGGAGAUUUCCUGGGGGCUGAAAUUGCUUCAGGAAGUAAAAAUGGGAAGCGGGCAAAGGAAUACAUGGAGAAAGGACAAUUGUUACAUGAUGAAAUUGUUUUCAUGAUGGUGAAGGAUUGUUUGUCACAGUCCUAGGAGCUUGUCACAGGUCACUGCUCUUGAGAAAUUUGGUUUCCAGCCGGAUGUUUCAUUCUCUUGGAAGUCACAGAAGAUAUUCUUGUUGAGACAGUUGUAGGUUGAAUCCUGUAACAAGGAAGAUAUGCCACUUGGAUCCUGUGGGUCAUUUAUUGUUCUUUGGUAAAGCUACUUUUGCGUACUUAUCAUCAGAAUGUGGAAGCAGUGCUUUCAAUGUAUGAAGGCAACAAUUAAGG